UGAGUAUGGGGGGUCUGGAUACUCUGCUAUUGCAAAGUUCAGUAUCCUGUCCUGAGCAAACCAUUACACCGUAAUAGUGUGCCGGGAAUCAAGGAAUUCACUCUUAUUGGGGUGUGCUCAGGGUGAAUGAUUACAUUUACCUGGAGGGAUUAGUUUAAUUUUCUUUGAGCAGGUCACAGGAAUUGCAGAGGCUGAGAUGUGUGUGGGUGAGAAUAAUGUUCCCUCUAAUUUGUAAUGGCCAGUGUGCGCAAAAAUCUUGUGCUAUGCAUGGAGUUUACACAUUCUCCUUGUGAUUGUGUGGAUUUUCUCCAAGUCUUCUAUUCUCCUCCCACAUCCUAACAUCCUGUAGGUUGACUAUCCACAGCACGUGCACACUGAAUUUUAUCUAUAGAGGUAUUCAUUUUAACAGCCAGCAAAGCACUCAAUAAAACUUUGAUCUCCUCUGGGUUUGAUCAUUUUCGCUCUCAUUCAUCUGCACUCUUACAAAACAUAAAUAGUAGGCCUGUAGUGGGUAAUGAAGGAUUUAAAAAGUGAAGUUUCCAAAUAUCAGUCCACUCCUUCCCACUUGCAAAUUCUCCAACAACUUUUGCAUUGCGACAAUACACACAGAGUCGGCACCGAUGCUCUUCACUGUUUACGUUAUUUCUGUUCUGGAAUGUUCCCUGCAAUGCUCUUUAAUUGAGUUUUGAGAAUCGUGAGGUGACUGGAAUCGGCUGCAAGAGGAACAGUGCUGGACUUUUGCCCCAGCAAAAUGGUGCGAUCUGACCUCCAAUUGGUUGUGCACUUUGCCCUUCUCUCCAGAAUCCUGGCCAUCUUUUUCCAGAUAGUGUUUAAUUCUCUGAUUCCUGAUCACAGAGCAGACGCGUUCCGUGUGCCCCCAUUGCACAGUCCAAGCACUGGUGACGUGUUGCUGGAGUUUCUGCUGGGUGGUUUCUCUUGCUGGGAUGCUCAGCACUUCCUGUUCAUUGCAGAGUUCGGCUACGUCUACGAGCAAAACUUUGCCUUCUUCCCGCUGUUUCCGCUGAGCGUCCGGGCCCUGGCAGAGACGGCCCUUCGACCGCUCGAGCGGUGGCUUAGUCUUCACAGCCGGCUGCUGCUCGCCUCGACGCUUCUGAACACCGGGCUGUUCGUGCUCUCUGCGGUCGUCCUCUACCAUCUGGGUCUUGCUGUGCUCCGCGAUCGCAGGCUGGCGGCUGUGUCCAGCCUCCUCUUCUGCCUGAACCCUGCAAGCGUCUUUAUGUCAGCUGCCUAUUCCGAAAGCAUGUUCGCACUGCUGGCCUUCGGUGGAAUGCUGUAUCUUGAGAAGGCACAGCCUCUGACCAGCUGCCUUCUCUUCGCCUUGUCUACAGCAGCACGCUCCAAUGGGAUCGUAAACGCAGGAUUUCUGUUUCACUCCCAGCUAAAGCACUGCCUUUUGUACCCGAGACCCGAGCUGAAGUUUGCACGGAAAGACUGGCACCAGUGCUUGGGCCCAAUCCUCCGAAGGGUACUGUUGGUGACCGGGGGGUCAGUAGUGAUCAUUUUGCCCUUUGCCCUCUUUCAGUAUUAUGGAUACCUGACAUUCUGUAGGUCGACGGUGAGCCCUGUUUUGAGCGUUCCUCAACAUCUGCUGCAGCUGGCCACGGAGAAGGACUACCGUGUCCCAGAUAAGGACAGAGCCGUACCCAGCUGGUGUCAUCACCGGUACCCCAUCAUAUACUCCUACAUUCAGGAUACCUACUGGGACGUGGGCUUCAUGAGAUAUUACCAGCUCCGGCAGCUUCCCAACUUCCUGCUUGCGUUCCCGAUCAUAGCUCUGGGUGUAUGGGCAGCCCGGCAGUACAUACUCGUCGAUCCUUGGUAUUGCAUCCGCCUGGGUCUGACCCACAAAACGCCGAAGGGGGAGAGAGAGAGGGAUGGAAAACCACCAUCUGGCUUCCACAGUCGUGGUGUGUUCGUCUAUGUUGUUCAUGCAACAGCGCUGUUGGCAUUUGGUGUUUGCUUCAUGCACAUCCAGGUCAUCACCAGGUUCCUGGCCUCUGCCUCUCCCGUCCUGUACUGGUUCUGUGCCCACUUGCUGCAGGAAACUGAGCCCGGGCAGGACGCCACUACCUCACCACAUCCGUACGAGUUUGCAGUCAUUCCCAGAAACCAUCUCACUGCUGUCCUGCAGGACUGGAAAAGGUGCAGCCAGACUGCACGCUGUGUUCUUGGAUAUUUUGUACUGUACUGGUUUCUUGGCCUUGCUCUGCAUUGUAAUUUUCUCCCUUGGACGUGACCAGUUCCUGUCAUAAAUCCCACCCACAUGGUAUUGGCAUUCUACGAUCAUCAGGGCUAGCAAAGAGCAGCUUUACUGAAUUCCCUGCCAGCAUUAACCAGAUCGACCUUAAAAAUACACCAGGUACAAGAGGUUGGAGGAGUAGCUUGUGAUGUGUGCUGGGGGGUGGGGGGAUCACCUCUAGAUUCACUACUGACUUUGUAACAGCUACGAGGCACGUCACGGGAGUGAAGAGAUGUUUUGACUGAGGAAUGCAGCCCCAGUAACGCUCAAAGGGCAUGCGUUUCAGACGAGAGGGGGUAAGUUCAAAGGAGAUGUGCGAGGCAAGCUAUCUCUAACAGUGGUGGGUCGCUGGAAUGCACUGCGGGAUGCAGAUUCACUUGUAUAUAACAUGGACUUCGAAACAUUCGGGCGUCACGGCGGUGUAGCGGUUAGCGCUGCCCUGUUACAGCUCGGGGCGUCGGAGGCUGGAGUGCAUUCCUUCGUCGUCUGUACGUCCUCCCCGUGGAAUGCUGGGGUUUUCCCCGGGUGCUCCAGUUCCCUCCCACAGUCCAAAGUCAUACCAGUCAGUGGGUUAAAAGAUCACCAUGAAUUGUCCCGCGAUUAGGCUCGGGUUAAAUCGGGAGUUGCUGAGUGGCUCGGCUCGAAGGGCCAAUAAAGAAAUGAUAAAAGCCUACAAUGAAAUGUGUCAUUUGCGUUACCAACACAACCCAAGGAGGUGCUGGGGAAGGCCCAUAAAUGUCGCCGCACUUCCUGGUGCCAAUGUGCUCAGCAUAACAAUAGUCAAGGCUCUUAGAUAGACAUGAAUAUGCACAGAAUGAAAUGGUACGAGCAUUGUGUAGGCCGAAGGGAGAGCUUUAGUUAGGCACCUAAUUUUAAAAAUAUUUCGAUCUGUCUGCCAUGGUCUUGCCCUCUCAGCUCAUCUGUGUCCCCUAGAAGUUUCCUCGCUUCUCAUCUUGCCUGGUUUAGAGUUGUCAGCAAACUUGGAAAACGUGACAUUUUUGUUCCCGACCUUUUUUUAUGCCAUGGACCCUUACCAUUAACAGAGGGGGUCAGUGCUCCCCAGGUUGGGAACCCCUGGUCUAAAGAUACAGACGGUGAAUGACUGUGGAUGAGGUACCCCACUUGUCACAGCCGGUCAAGCUGAGAAAUCUUGUUUAUUCUCAUCUUUGCCCUUUGUUCAGUAACC